CUCUUAGUAAAACCUUGCAGAAACUCCUUGAAAAAUCCUUGCAGAAAUUUUUCGAAAAAAAGCAUAGCAGUAAUUUUUGAAGAUAAAUCUCUUUGCCUCUGGGCCUCUCAUUUGUAGUUUUGAUGGCCUAUACUACUGGAAAUUCUAGAACACUAUUGAACAGUUAUUGAAUUCAUAGCUAUUAUAGACAUAUAUAACACAUAUAUUUUUUUCAUAGUCCCGUUUACCGUUGACUCAAACUCCCAGAUUCAAACUAUCCUUGUUCAAAAUCAUGUUUAAUUAUAAAUGAUUAAAAUCAUCUUCACUAAAUGUUACAGUCGAUAGGCUGUUCUUUUUUUCAAACUUAACUACUACUGCCACUGUCACAUAAAAUAACUUAUGUCUGUUUAGUUAAGUUAACUCGUUUCUUCCCACAACUUCUAACUAUUUCUAUAGAGUUGCUGAAAAAAUGCUUGAACAAAACUGCCCCCACUCGCAUAACAGUCCCAUUUGCAAAAAGUAGGAAUUGAGAAAACGGCAUUUGAAGUUUGAAAACUUGUUUUCUUAUAAAACUUUGAAAAAUUUGAAACAUAUUUCGAUUAUCUCGAAACAUUCACAGAUUGCUUUGCACAUGAAUUUAUAACUGUAAAAAAUAUUACAAUCACUACAAAGUUGUUCAGUUUUGUGUUACGUAACACAAAAAUCCAUGAUUGGACUGUUAUGCGGGUACUUUUGAUAUGGGACGCUCAUAACUUGGUAUUUUUUUCACACAUUGGCAUAAAAAUUCGUAAUUUUUAUUGUUGUUUCUGGAAGCACAUAAAAAAUGAUGAUUAUUCAUAACGUUAACUCAAAAGUGAUGAAAAGUCAAAUCGGACUGUUAUGCGAGUGGGGGCAGAAAAGUUAUUGCAAAUUUUCCAAAUUUUUCGAAUUCAACGAAAACCAUUUUAGUUGUACAUCAAUAGUUUUUUAUCUUUUAUCAGAAUAGUUCCACUAUUGAAACAAGUAGUUGGCAGUUGUUGAGUUUACCUAAUGAGUUUACAAUCAUAUUCUAAAAGCUAUUGCAUCAUUUUCAUCUAAUUCCGGUAAUCUCGAAUACGUCGAAAAUCAAUGGUGCGCUAGAGCAACCAUGGAUGGGAAGUAGACGGUUAAGGGUACUGGAUGAUAUAUUGCUACAAAAUGGUACUGAACGAUAGUGGAAAGCUUCCUAAAAAGCGUUCACCAUAAAAGCUUUUCUCAGUGCAGUACUAGAUCUAUAGAUGCUAGAAAGCUCCCGUAACCUUAGCAACCAUACCAUCGUCAUACAAACAUUAUCGAUACAACUAUUAGGUAUAGUGUCGAAUAACGUGUAUCGUAUCAUAUAUUUCAUUUAUAAUGUAAAUUCAAAAAGACAAUGCAAAAAUGACACAAAACGUUAGGAAAGAAAUAGACUUCAUUUCCGAUAUAAACGAUCGAUACGCAUUGAUGGAGUACGAACUGGAGGAAAAGUUAAAGCUACUUAAUCAAAGCGAACAAAAACUCAUGCAAAUCGAAACCAAGGAUACCUCCAGUAAUGCGCGAAACAAGAUAAAGCCAAGUCUGACCCUGGAGGCUGCAAGGCAACGCAACUUUGAGCUACUAAAAUCCUUGGAAGUAUCCAAGGCCCGUCUAAGAUCGCGAGCAACGUUCAGUCCGCUGGAAACCAUUCUACAGAAGGCAAUCGAUAACUACUUGAAGGAAACAUCCCUGGUCCCAUGUACCACCAGAAAGGCCUACGGACCAACCUAUGUUUGAUAGGGAUAGGGUGAAAACAGUAAACUGAUUGAUCCUGAAAAUAUACCGAAUUAUAUUUCAUGUGCUCUUUUUCUUAGUACAGUUACAAAAAUAUAUCACACCUUGUUUUCCUAGCUUUUUGUUCCUACGAUGCUCAACAAGCUGAAAGCACUCUUUUAGAUUCAUAAUCUUUAAUGCAUUUUUUUGUUUAUCAAUGCUCAUCACCAUUCUAAAAUUUUAAUACUCUACGUUUACUUGCAUAAGUUAUUAUGUAAAUUUGCUAAAUUACGGUAAGGAAAUUCAUUGAAUGUGUUGUUAAGGAAUUUUGUGCCAAACUAUUAUCGUUCAGAAUGCAAUAAAAUAACGUAAAAUAAAUAUUUAUUUUAAUUCUGGUUUUGUAAGAUUUUAAAACACUUUUUAUAGAAGGAAACGUUCACAAAUUACAUUCAACAUAUAGGGGUGGAGAGGAUCUACAAAAACGUGACUUAACGUGUAUUGAGUAGGGAGAGAAUGCUUGGCAGAGGUGGGAGGGGAUCUAGAAUUCCCGAAAAAUGAUGGAAUAUUUGAUUGAUUGAUUGAUUUAUCUUUAUUUUAGAGACUUUCAGCCCUUGGCUGGUUCGCCCCGGAAUAUUUGAAUCUUCCCGAAUACCAUUAAGCUA